GAAAUAUUUAUUUAUUCUCCCUCAGCUGUGAACUCUCGGGCCGGGUGAAUUGUUUUGUGGUUUGGGCGGUAAUUUGGGUGUAAUUGAGUGAAACGCGGUGGGGACGGAGCCGGCGGUCCGACGCUCUUUGUUCGUUCAUUCAUUCGCGUUUCUUUGUUGCGGCUGAAUUUGGUGAAAUCAUGGGAGCGCAAGUGGCCAAAAACGGCGCAAAAGAGGAAGUUGCGGCAGAAAAAGCAAACGGACAGGAAAACGGCCACGCUAAGACCAACGGAAAUGCCUCCCCGACAGCAGAGGGCGCCGCCGAGGAGGUCCAGGCCAACGGAAAGCACGCCGCCGAUGGCGAGGUGAAACCAGAAGAAGGGGCGGCCGAAAAAAACGAAGCGGAAGGCGAGGUCGAGAGCGCCCCGGUGGCCAACGGCGAAGACGCGAGCAAACCCGACGAGAACGGUUCGGCCUCGGGGAGCGCCGAGCCGGUCAAGCAGAAGAAGCGCUUCUCCUUCAAGAAACCGUUCAAGCUGAGUGGCUUCUCCUUCAAGAAGUCCGCCAAGAAGGAGGCCGACGCCCAGGAGGCGGCCGGUACGUCCGAGGAAGGCGAGAAGAAAGCAGAGGAGGCCGGAACGGACGAGGCCAAGCCUGAAGCGGCCGAAGGAGAAGCUCAAUCAGAGGAGCAGAAACCCGCCGCAGAGGAAGCGAGCGCGGCGGAGGAGCAGAAAACGAGCCCGAGCGAGGAGAAGAAACCUGAAGAGUCGACGGAGGAGAAACCAGCUGAAGCGGCCGCCGAAGCGCCCGCCGAGAGUACGGAGGCCCCGCCGGCUGCCGAGGAGUAACGGGGUUCUGAGGAGGAGAAGGAGAAUUUAAAUGAAGUAAUAAGGAGCGAAACCACUGAGACUUUUCUCUGUACAAAACCCACUGACCUUUUAAAGCUGUUUUUAUUUCCUGUGACCACUCACUCACUCAUCCAUCCAUCCAGUCAUCCAUCCGUUCAUCUUCCAUCCAUCCAGUGUGUCUCCGUGGCGCUCCGAACAAGGAAGGAUCCGUGAUUGUAGCAUGAAGGGCACCGUGCUUCAAUCCCUCGACCGUGUUUGUUACAGUAUUGCGUGUGGACGUGUGAUUGUGAUGCAGUAUUUCGUUUUUUAUUUUUAAUGCGUCUCUUUUUUUUUUUAUACCUUAAUACAUGUACAUUGUUUUAGGAAGUUGCGAUGUUAGAUGGUGCCGUAUGAUUUAGGUUUUGACAGUGCAUGCUCAGAAAGCGGUGCUACAAAAAACAACAAAAACAACAAAGAAAACAAAGCGAACGGCGUCGGCGUGCCUCAUCGGGGUCGUUCAGGUGCUCGUGCGAUUCACCAGCAGCGCCGCUCUCCGGUCGGGCAGCACUGUGUGCUUGUAUAGGCUUUCGUCACGUCUUUUUAAACUUUUUUCAGUCCCGUAGGUAACGUUCCACUCCCUUUUCUAACGAUCGUGUAGAACAAAAUAAUACCAGACCUGUGAUAACUAAUGCAGCUAGAUUUGUUCCCCUCGAUCAUACUGUGCAAGUAAAUCCAGAAAUCCUUUAGUGCAAUCCAAUAGAUUCCUGUUUUCUGUAAAUAUUCAGACCUGGUUUUUAAAUGGAAUGUAACUUUGCAUACGUCUCGAUUUCAACAGGCACAAAAAUAAAGGGUGUAAAAGAA